CCAAUGGCGCCGCGGCCGCUGGGCCCCUUAGUGCUGGCGCUGGGCGGCGCCGCGGCCGUUCUCGGCUCGGUGCUCUUCAUCCUCUGGAAGGCCUACUUCGGACGCGGACGGGAGCGACGCUGGGACCGGGGCGAAGCCUGGUGGGGCGCGGAGCCUGCCCGCCUCCCCGAGUGGGACGAGUGGGACCCCGAGGACGAGGAGGACGAGGAGCCGGCGCUGGAGGAGCUGGAGCAGCGCGAGGUGCUGGUGCUGGGGCUGGAUGGCUCGGGGAAGAGCACGUUCCUGCGCGUGCUGUCGGGGAAGCCACCGCUGGAGGGCCACAUCCCCACCUGGGGUUUCAACUCCGUGCGGCUGCCCACCAGGAACUUCGAAGUGGACCUGCUAGAGAUCGGUGGCAGCCAGAACCUACGCUUCUACUGGAAGGAGUUUGUGAAUGAGGUGGAUGUGCUGGUGUUUAUGGUGGACUCGGCUGACAGGCUACGGAUGCCAUGGGCCCGACAGGAGCUUCACAAGCUGCUGGACAAGGACCCUGACCUGCCUGUCGUCGUGGUGGCCAACAAGCAGGACCUGAGUGAAGCCAUGAGCAUGGUGGAGCUGCAGCAGGAGCUGGGCCUGCAGGCUAUCAAUAGCCAGCGGGAGAUUUUCCUCUUGGCGGCCAGCAUUGCCCCUGCCGGACCUGGUUUUGAAGAUCCUGGCACCGUGCACAUCUGGAAACUGCUCUUGGAGCUUCUCUCCUAGGCUUGCUGCCCAGCCCUGGGGACUACAGCUCUGCUGCUGCUCCUACUUCUUCAUUGCCAGCCUGCACCUGGGGCAGGAGCCAUGUGUCAGCACUUCCCUUCUCCCAUCCUUGCCCUCUCAAGAGCAGAGCCCAGGAAAGGCCAAGAACUGUGCAGAAGCCUUCCUGGUGAAGUGGCCGUGAAGCCGAAGCAGGGAGGUGGGUGAGGCAGGGAGUGGAAGAGAAUAGUGUCUGGCUCAUUCCAGCCUGGAAUGUGGAUCCAGCUUUCCCUUGUCUUACCUGUACAGUGAGAUGCUCAGUGGGCUCAGUCCUCUCCUCCCUGCAGGUCCCAGUGGUUUAAGAACCAGUGUGGGUACCAGAAGUACUCCUGGAGCCACAAGGUCUCCCAGUCUAGUCUGUUCCCUCCUGGUGACUUUAUGCCCUUCUCAUGUGGGCAGGUUCUGGGCAGUAUGAAGUGAGCCCUUGCUCCCAGUCAUGCAUUUUACUCCAGCCCAAGCUCUGCCUAACUGGUUUGUGGCCUUGUGCAAUCUCUGCCUCUCGGGUCCCAGUGUCAUUUUUAAAGGGAGGUGGUUUCUGUGAUUUUUUUUUUAAACUUGGAAAUACGAAGUGCUAGGAUGAACGUGGAUAUCCUAGCAAGGAGCUUUCUGAAGACCUCUCUACUUCCUCCCAAGCCAAGGGCUGGCCUGCUAACCUCUCUUGACUUCAGUUUAAGUGGUAUUCACACACCAAACAGAAAAAGUGAAGGCUAUUUUCCCCCCUAAUCGGGAGACAAGCUGCUGCUCUGUACUAAGUGUGCCAAUGCUUGUGUUUACAUAAGUCUGGGGAAGGAAGGAGCCUGUGUCCGUGGGAAGAAGACUGUCAGCUGGAGCUGGGCAUUGGCCUUGGAAGUUCAUCUUAUUUAUUUAUUU